AUGCCGACGCUGUCGCACCUCAAGAACCCGCGCUACUUCGACUUCCGGGCUGCGCGGCGGGUGCCGGAGUCGCACGCCUGGCCGGGGCUGCACGACCACCCCGUCGUGGACGGCGGCGCGCAGGGGCCGGACGCCGUGCCGGUGGUGGACCUGGGGGCGGCGGAGGCGGACCCGGCGGCGGCGGUGGCGCGCGCUGCCGAGCAAUGGGGCGCGUUCCUGCUCACGGGGCACGGCGUCCCCGCAGAGCUGCUGGCGCGCGUGGAGGACCGGAUCGCCACCAUGUUCGCGCUGCCGGCCGACGACAAGAUGCGCGCCGUGCGCGGGCCUGGCGACGCAUGCGGCUACGGCUCCCCGCCCAUCUCCUCCUUCUUCUCCAAGUGCAUGUGGUCCGAGGGCUACACCUUCUCGCCGGCCAACCUCCGCGCUGACCUCCGCAAGCUCUGGCCCAAGGCCGGCGACGACUACACCAGCUUCUGUGAUGUGAUGGAGGAGUUCCACAAGCACAUGCGUGCCCUCGCGGACAAGCUGCUGGAGCUGUUCCUCAUGGCGCUGGGGCUCACCGACGAGCAGGUCGGCGCCGUGGAGGCGGAGCGGAGGAUCGCCGAGACGAUGACCGCCACCAUGCAUCUCAACUGGUACCCGAGGUGCCCGGACCCGCGCCGCGCGCUGGGGCUGAUCGCGCACACCGACUCAGGCUUCUUCACCUUCGUGCUGCAGAGCCUCGUGCCGGGGCUGCAGCUCUUCCGCCACCCCCCGGACCGGUGGGUGGGCGUGCCGGCCGUGCCGGGCGCCUUCGUCGUCAACGUGGGCGACCUCUUCCACAUCCUCACCAACGGCCGGUUCCACAGCGUGUACCACCGCGCCGUCGUCAACCGGGACCUCGACAGGAUAUCGCUCGGCUACUUCCUCGGCCCGCCGCUGCACGACAAGGUGGCGCCGCUGCGGGAGGCCGUGCCGCCCGGCCGGACCCCCGCGUACCGCGCCGUCACGUGGCCCGAGUACAUGGGCGUCCGUAAGAAGGCCUUCACCACCGGCGCAUCCGCGCUCAAGAUGGUCGCCCUCGCCGCCGCCACCGAGCUCGAGCUCGACGACGCCGGCGCCGGUGCUGGCGCCGACCCCGCCGUCGUCCAUCAGCAGCUACUCGUCUCGUCGUAG